AUGAACAUUGACAACGACCGCCUGGCUGCCCUCUUCAAUGAAUGCGUCGCUCAGCACGGUGCGCCGUCGGUCUGGCUGCGAACCGCAAUUGCCGGGACCAUGAAGAAGAGCCUCUCCGCGAGUGACGCCGCCAGCUACAGAACGAUCGGGCUUGAGAGCGUCAUCCUGAAGAUGCUGACGCUGCCGAUCCACAAGCGCUUGUACAACUGGGCUGAACGGCACAACGUCUUCCCCGCAGCGCAGAACGGCUUCCGCCAUUACAACGCGUUUCCGUCCGCAGACCGCAACAUUCCGUGGGUAGCGCUGCAGCGGUCUGGACGUGUGGGGCCGGUGAUAGACUGGGUGCGCAUGCUCUAUCAGGAGAUGCGCUACGCUGUGCGCCUACAAGACGAGAUCGCCGACGACUUCACUGCGGAUCUCGGCGUACUCAUCGGUGAUCCGUCCUCGCCCAGGCUGUGGAAUCUGUUCAUCUCGGACUUCGCGCCGCCGCCGCAUCCGACGACGCCCGCGGAGGGACUCCAAGCGCACCUCAAUUAUCUCCAGCGGUGCGCGGCCCGCAAGCAGCUCGUCAUACACCCAAAGAAGACCAAGGUCAUGAUCUUCAAUGAAAUUCCAGACGACCCGUCGCUACUGUGGCUAGAGGGCAAACAUCUGAUAUACGUGUACGAGUUAAUCUACGUAGGAAUACGACUCUGCUCAACGAAGCGAAACGUCCUCGCGCUGCACUACGUCACCACGGCUACGCGCGCGCGUACCGCAGCCAAGGGAAUCCUCAGUUCCAAGACGGUCGUCGGCGUAGUUCUCCCGGAAGUGUUCCGCGUACUCUACUUCGCUCGAGUGGACUGUCAUACCACGAGCGCCGCCGAUGUCUUCCCGGACGUCGACAACGGGGUAGACCUGCUGAAUUCCGUCCAACACAAUUACCGCAGGCGCGCAAUGCAGCUCAGCUCGCACUCCGCGGCCAUCCCCCUCUAUACGGACAUGAAUGUUGCGCCGAUGAGGUACUGA